AUGUUAAAAUUCCUCCGUUUGAAAAUGUUCUACGUUUUGUAUUCCCGCCUUUUUUCCUGUCAAAGUUACGUUAACCUCAAAAUGGCAAAAAAAAUUCUAAUAAAGAUUAUUUUGUUUAUAUUAUUGAAUUUAAUUUACUGUGCAUGUACGGAUCUCACGCUUUUACAUAGAAGAGAAGGAAUUGUUGGCAGGGAAAAUUUUACGUACUAUAAACUUAAAUCACCUAAUGCAAUUUUACUUAUACUAAAGUCACUGGAAGGAGAUGCUGACAUUUAUGUGUCACAAAAAUCAACUGUUACUUAUGAACCUGAGAUGUAUGAUCUGCAUUCUGCAACUUGCGGUAUUGACAUAGUGGAAAUACCUAAAGACUUUGAAAAGCCUGUAACUGUUGGCAUUUAUGGACAUCCUUCAUUUGAGGAAAGUUAUUUUACUUUAGAUAUAUAUGAUCUACCAAAUGAAUCUGAGGAAACAGCCCAAGUAAAUGUGGAACAGUUUGAAGUUGAAUCUGAGAAGCCAAAAAAGGUUAACCAAGAAAAAAUAGAAAAAGAAAGAAGUGCCAAAAUAAAAUCAUAUGCAGCCAGAAGUGGAAUUUGGGCUUUGCUAGAAAUAAUGCAAUUAGUGUUUAUUUAAAUUAGUAUAUUAUUGUAUAUUCCUGUGAUACUAAAACCAUAAUUUAGGGAACUAAAUAAAUUUUAAAUAAGUAUAUUGUAAAAAAGACACAAACACAAACAUUUUAUUAUAACAAUCAACAAACAAAAUUAAAAAUUUUAAGUCUGAA